UCGACAACCAGUCAGUCCCACAAAGCAUUGAGUUUCCGGUUAAAGAAUAACAGAAGCACGUGUGGGGGUACCACGAGUACAUUAAUUCGUUAAAAAUGCCAAAAUCAAAAAGAGAUAAAAAGGUUUCUUUAACACAAACAAAGAAAAAAGGACUGGAAUUUAAACAGAAGAUAAUCGAAGAUGUCCAGACAUGCUGUGAUAAAUACAAGCACAUAUUCUUGUUCUCGGUACACAACAUGAGGAACACGCACCUGAAGGAGGUUCGGCAGUCCUGGUCAGGAAGUCGAUUUUACUUUGGGAAGAACAAAGUUAUGGCCCUUGCAUUAGGAAGGACACAAGAAGAUGAAUACAAAGAUAACUUACAUAAGCUCAGCAAUCAGCUGAGAGGGCAGUCAGGACUGCUGUUUACCAACAAAUCAAAGAAAGAAGUCCUCAGUUACUUUGACAAUUAUCGGGUAGCAGACUUUGCUAGAUCUGGAAAUGUAUGUCAACAGACGGUAAUGUUAGAUGAGGGACCUAUCCCAGAAUUCUCUCACUCCAUGGAACCACAGCUCCGACAACUGGGUCUCCCAACUUGUCUACAAAAAGGAGUUGUAACACUACUCAAGAACCACACAGUGUGUGAACAAGGCAACAUACUAACCCCAGAGCAGGCUAGGAUAUUGAAACUCUUUGGUUACAAGAUGGCCGAAUUUUUUGUUACAAUUGAAGGCAUGUGGUCUUCAAAUGGGAAAUGGGAGGCGAUAGCAGACAGGCCAGAGCCUAUUGUACCUCCCAAAGUCACCAUUAAAGCUAAACCUAGAGAUGAAGCAGAUGAAGAUGGGAUGGAAGAUGAUGAGGAAGAGGAAGCAAGCGAUGAGGAAGGGACGUGACAUCAGUAGACUCAGCGCUGGUCUUUUUGUUAAUGUUAUUAAAAAUAUUUUAUCUUCAUC